AUGAUGGCAACAUAUAGCAGAGCUUCGCACCGCUCCCUCUUGAACGGAAAACCAGUGGGCACAAUCGAAUCACACCCGGACCAGGAAUCUCCAGGCAUAACGCGCCCAUGGGAGUUCGCUGGCGGAGACUUUCGAAACUUGACACUCCAACCAGAUCAAGGAGGACAGGCAUCAGGCAGAUCUUCAUCUUGUCACUUGAGGUACCCAAGGAUUGCCGCCUUCAUUCAGGCUGAGCCCGCAGCGCCCACGCCAUCGGUUGGCACCCUGCAUAAUCUGCCAUACCAUAUAGACCAGCGACCAUGGGUCAGCAGCUGGACAGGCGGCGACAGCGCAGGGGCGACACUCCACCGGAUCCGUCCCUAA